UUAACCACCCGCAGCUGCAGUGCAGAGCCUCCCUCAAUAUGGACAGCUUCACUGAUUAUCCACUCUAUGAUUACUACAAUUAUAGCUUUGAAGAUGGCAGUUUCUCUCUGGAUUGUCCCAACUCUCACCUUCAAGGCUCCAACAUCUUCCUCCCCAUUGUGUAUUGCCUCAUAUUUUUGACAGGCUUUUUGGGCAACCUCUUUGUAAUCACAGUCAUGGGCUGCAAAGGAAGGAGAGGUGGGCGACUGGUGGACACAUUCAUCCUCAACCUGGCCCUGGCCGACCUCAUCUUCGUCCUCACACUGCCACUGUGGGCCAUCUCUGCCAGCCGGGGCGGCCAAUGGGACUUCGGGCCGGCUGGAGACCUGCUGUGCAAGCUGAGCAGCUACAUCAUUGCCGUGAACCGCUUUUCCAACAUUUUCUUUCUUACCUGUAUGAGUGUCGAUCGCUACCUGGCCGUGGUGAGACUGCUGGACUCGAGGCACCUGAGGAGCAGUCGGUGCAUCCGUUCCACCUGUGCAGCAGUCUGGUCCAGCUCCCUGGUUCUUGGCAUCCCAUCCCUGUUGUACCGAGGAGUGAAGCCCUCCGAUGACGGCCUGUUCUGUGUGGAAAACAGCAGCUCAACUUUUUUUCUUGGCCUCAGCCUGACCAUGACUGUCCUCACCUUUGUCUUGCCAGUGUUCAUCAUCGUGCUCUGCUAUGGCACCAUCCUCUCGCAUCUCAACAGGCACUCUGUAGCUGCUGUAAAUCCUCGAGCUGAAGCCCGCCGCAGACACUCUGUCAAGAUGGUCCUCUCCAUCAUCGUGGCCUUUGUGGUGUCUUGGCUCCCCUUCAACAUUUUCAAAGCCAUUAUAGUCGGCCUGCAGCUCUCCAAUGUCGACCUGAGUUGUGAUGCUCUGUCGUGGCAAAGAAACGGGCUCCUCAUCUCAUGCUGCCUGGCCUUCCUCAACAGCUGCGUCAAUCCAGCCAUCUACUUUUUCCUGGACAAUCACUUCAGGCAAUUGGCCGAGAUCCUGUACAAGACCUGCACAGGGAAGCCACAGUUACAGCAGAGUCGCAACUCUUCUGCUUCUUUCACCAAUGUGAAAGAAGUAGAGAGCUUUGGGACAAGUGGUGGGAGAACUCAGCUUCAGAUGUUUGAGUAGAUCUGUGAGAAUGAUAUCUUAUGAUAAGCUGUUAACAUAAUCUUCUAUAAUUCUUAAAGUUCUGUGUGGCAGCUUGUUAUGCUCAUCUAAAAAAAAAGAGACGCUUUUGCAUACUUAGACCUUGAUGGGAUGUUUGUUUUUUCACACAAAACUUAGUACAAUAAUUAUAAGUUUCUUUUUUUUUUCAACAGUAUUGAACGUUGUUUAUAGCCUAGUGGAUAAACCAAACCAUAUUGUACAGUAAUAAAGUAUGUGUAUAUAUGCCCUAAUACCAUUUGUUUGUAUGAAAUCCAAUAAUACAAUUGUAUGAGUUGGUGCGUGAGUAA